AACACUAAAAACAUGGCGCCCUGCCAUGGCUCUUUCUGGGUUCGCGGUUUUGGCCUUUACGCAAGCUGCAAACUGCUCCUGGCUCUCUUCUGAAAAGUCAAAGGAUUCUCAUUUAAAUAUGUAUGAAGUGGUUCGCAUGCUUCGCCGUGUUUCUACGUCAAUCACCCGCUAGCAAGCUCACGAAAUCAUGACGACGAGAAAGUACUUCUUGGCCAUUCUCCUGGUCGGGUUAGGCGUCUCGACAAACUUUUCCGCUUGCAACACCGUGAGACAAGACAACCAAUGUGACUGUAACCUCCUCUCCCAACAAACUGUGGAAGUGGACUGCUCCGGACAGGAGGGGCAUCUGUUGAAUUGUUUCCGCUCCAUCAGGGACCAAUCCGUGGACAACUGGGACCGGCUCGUGAUUAGGAGAGCGCAAUUUAGAACGCUCGAGCUUAGUGGCUUUGACUUUCUGGCCAAGAUCAAGACCCUGGAGGUGACAGUGUGCCGUUUUGAGGAACUUUUGUUGCGGGGACUACCCGCACUGACGUCCGUCCAUCUUUCAUCGAAUGGAUUGCAGUAUGUGAAAAAGGAGUGGUUUGCCCCCUUGCCAUCACUCCAGCAGCUCCACCUAGUCGACAACAACCUAACGUCAAUGCCCAACAACUUCACCCAAGAUCUGGCUUCCCUGCAACACCUGAAUCUCUCCGGCAACCAGUUCGCGACGCUGGAACCUGCCUGGUUCGGAUUCUCGCCAAACCUAACCACCUUGGACGUGUCCCACAAUCAGCUCACGCAACUCGAGGAUUCUAACAGGGGCCUUACGUUGUGGGAACGCAAUGUGCCCGGUCUCAGGGUCCUCGCGUUUUCUUGGAACCAGGUGGCCAAUCUAUUUGACAGAGCAUUUGAGUCGCAACCCAACUUGACCGAACUUCACAUGGACCACAACGAACUUCAGGGCCUGCCAAGCGGGAUGCAUGAGACCAAUCCACACCUGGAUAAACUGCAUUUGGGAAACAACCCAUGGCAGUGCACCCAACAGCAGCUGGAACCGCUAGCCCACUGGGUUUCCCCACAAAAGCAAAGCGCAACAGUAGCUGUGCCGGACGUGGAAAGCGCCACAUGCUCUAGCCCUCCUGAGACAGUGGGACAGAUUAUCUUCCUCUACAACAUGGAACUGUGCCACAAAUGUUUGUGCAUCGUCAACACUGGCAAUCUCAAGUUAGAUGUCAACUGCUCCUCCAUGAACAUGCACCAGCUGCCGCCGAAGCUGCCGCCGGGCACCAGGAUGAUGAUCCUGUCGCACAACCACAUCGAUUCACUGUCACUCCCAUCGGACAACGAAGGCUGGAAGGACAUUCUGGGCUUGGACCUCGACUACAAUGACAUUUCAGAUCCAGACCAGGUGGAGCUGGUCAAGGUAUCCCCAAACUUCCAGGGCCUGCUGAAACUGAAACUGAGAUUCAAUCAGCUGACUCAGUUGCCCAGCCACCUGCUUGAACAGAUUUCUGAGAAGCCCUGUGACAUCUACCUGGAAGGUAACCCGUGGCACUGCGAUUGCAAGACCAGCUUCUUCGCCGAUUCGCUCACCAAGAGCAAGCUGAAGGACGUGGACGAGAUCCGUUGUGCCAGCUCAAGCGCCCGCCAGCUUGUGGGAAAGACUGUCCACCUGUUGAGGAACGAAGAUUUCUGCCCCCAGGACAAUAUAGUCAAUCACCUGCUCGACGUCCUCAUUGGCUUGAUGGCCGUCGCCAUCCUUGCCAUCCUUACAAAGCUGUUCGUUGACUACAGGCGGCAGAAACGAACAGGCAAGCUGCCGACCUUCUUUGGGUGGACUUGAAUCUUGUAUCCCUUUGUGGUAGAGACCUCCAGAAGAUGGACUGUGGCCCAAGUAUCCAGCACCGGCGGUGAAGACAGAGGCAGCUUGGCGGACUGCUGCUGUAGCACGAAGUACCUCGGGUUACUUUCAGAAAGGUACCACCGCACUAGGUAGUAGGAGAGAAUGGUAGUGGUGUAGGCACUUAAUGUGAGCUCCAGUGAGAUUUCAUUGCUGCACAUUUAUUCCAAAAGUAGGUGUUUGUAUGGUUAUACAAAGGAUAUCUGAUGUACAAAGUAUCAGCGCGCUGCCAAUUAACAAAAAGUCACCUCUGUCAGCACUUAAGAGCUUCCUGCGUAACGAUGAGUUUCAAGAAGAUUGUCAUUUCGUUUAUGAUCAGCCUUUGCUGCACCCACUGUUCUCGAAGUUGGUUAAGCUCUGUGGCUCUACGGAGGUUUGUGGAAAUGCUAGGAACAUUGACAUUGAGACGUAUGGUUCCCUUCAGUGGUUGUUCGUGUGCGAUUGCAUCAGUUCUUAGUCAUAGAAGACUUGCAAACUUUGUUGUCUUUGAUACCAUCAUAUAAGUCCAUAUUUGGGAUACAGUAAUUAAGUUCUUGAGCAGUUUCAUGAUUGACCUUGUGAUAGUGCAGCAGACUUUAUCAUGUGGAAUAACACUGGAGCUGAUGUUGAAGCUACACCUACCACUGCUUGUCUUCCUACAAGAAAAAAAGAAAAAAAAAAGAAGAGAAGGGUACCUGUGGCAGUAUCAAGUCCCACGUGUGCAUGAUCUUUGCUACAAACAAAUCAAGAGCUGCUGGAGGAAAGUUUGAGUGAGUGCAGUGACUGGUUAAAGGGGUUGCAACACUUCACAUCAAAUUAUGUCAGAAAAAUAUAUUUAAAAAAUUGUAACUACAUAGUAGUUAGUGGUUGGGGUUUCAAUAUAUUGGAACCGUAUGUUUACUUCACUAUAUUCAUAUCUCCACUAUAAAAAGGUUCUACCAUAAUUCUUUUUUUUUUUUCCUUAAUACUCCUGCAUGUAGUGAAAAGCGUGCACUAUGAUGUGUCACAACCCCUUUAAGCGCAGUGCGUAACCAAGCACGACGUACCUUCUGCAGAGCGUCUUUGUAGCUCUCUAUCUGUUUGAGAUACAAGCACAUCGAAUUCCUCCAUAUAUGACCAAGGCACCAGUUGUGGAUGUGACCGCACCAGUCCAGAUUGCUUGUAACUUUCGCACUUGUGCUUAAUGCUUUUUGUGGGCUUACAGCAACCAGUUGAUUUGUUCAUAAAUACUGUGGGGUGUUUUGCCAGAGGCCGCAGUUCUUACUACAUGCUGGGGCCACAAGGCAUACAAGAGAUGUUCGCCUGUAAAUAGCCAUAGGACGCAGUUUUCAAUCGAUGGGGACUAAAAUCAGCUAGACUUGCUCAACGUAGGAGAUCAGUCUGGUCCGAGAGCUGAACCACCAAGAAAGGAUCACGUAGAGUUCUCUCUCUCUAUUAGUUACAUCAUUUUGAGCCGUAACAAAUGCGGUUAUACAACACACCAUGCACAGACAUGCUUAAUACUUAGAGCCUGAAGUUUUAGGGUUUUACCCAAUUCUUCCCCGAAUUUUCACCCCGAAUUGAAGGUUGCGUAUUUAGGGUGAAACCCGAUUUUUACCCGGCAAACUGCCCUCACUGGGACAUCUGUAGGAAGGCAAUAACUUAAUUGUUUGGCAGUAAUUGCAGUUACAUCACCGUUUGUAUCAAACCACUACAGUUAGUUUGAGUAGCUGAGCCCGAUUUCUCCCCGAAUUCAGCGCAAUGGAAGUUUUUCCACCCGAAUUCGGAUUAAUUUAGUGCACACGUUUAUUUACCCGAUUUUUAGCACCCGAAUUUCGAAAAAAAUAUUUCCCGAAAACUUCAGGCUCUAUUAAUACUGGAUCUAAAGAAGAAAACAUUACUCUGCCGAGUACCAAUUCUCGCAAUGCAACACAGCCUGUUGUUCACUGCAACAGUCCAAACUCGUGUGAGCCAGGUAUCUGACUAAUGGCAUAGACUCACUCUAGAAACUUGAAUGAUCUUCCAAGAAGUAUUUUUAGGGAUUAGUCUGGAUAUAGAGGGAGGAGGUUGUAUGUCUUGUACAUGAUCUUGAGGGACUUCCAUUUUGCGGGACAGAGCACUUUCACCCGAAAAAAGACUUUGCACAGUCUGUCCACAGCUUCCAGCAGAGAACCGCUGCUAACGUCUUGUGGGAUUUUCGCUAUCUCUUUGUACCAUAUAUUUAGCAUGUACUCCGUCCCUCAUUGUGAUGCCAGCCAUUGUGACCGCAGCCACCAUUGUAUACUAUAUUACCACGUAGGGCAGUUUGCGGUGAAUUGUAACAUGCACCUUGUAUAAUCUUUAGAGCCUGAAGUUUCAGGGUCUUACCCGAUUCUUCCCCGAAUUUGCACCCCGAAUUGAAGGUUGCCUCUUUAGGGUGAAACCCGAUUUUUACCAGGCAAAUUGCCCUCUCUGGGAUGUCUGUAGGAAUGCACCAACUUACUUGUUCGGCAGAAAAAUGCAGUUACAUCACCGUUUGUACCAAACCGCUACAGUAAGUUUGAAUAACUGAGCCCGAUUUCUCCCCGAAUUUAGCGUACUGGAAGUUUUUUCACCCGAAUUUGCACGAAUUUAGUGCACACGUUUAUUUACCCGAUUUUUACCCCCCGAAUGUAGGAAAAGAUAUUACCCAAAAACUUCAGGCUCUAAUAAUCUUGUCUCACGAUGGUGUCGUUAAUGUGAUCACGAGGAAGGUCAGCGUCAUUUCGCAUAUUGCUCAAUUUUGUCUUUAGGCAUGAGGCAGGAUCACGUCACUGCUCAGGCUGCGACGAUUAAAUACCGAGUAAGUGAGUUGACGUACGGUUAGUAAUUAAAGAAAUGAGCAACAAUGUCAUGUUGCUGAAAUUCAUAAUGCAAGUGCAAAUAAAAAAGAAGACGACGGAAAAACUGCAUUUUGUGAAUCACGUGAUGACUCGAAACUGCCUCGUAUGUUUUUGGUCUGGCCUUAUUAUCACGCGGUUGUAUUUUUAAUUGCUCCAGCUUCUACCAUAGUGGUAUGAUAUACCUCUGUCAGACGGGCACACAAACGGCCUUUAAGGCAACGGCAUUAAGAAAAGGCCGUAGCUGAAAUAUGGCCUUAAACCAUGGGAGGCUGCCAGACGGUAUCCGUGAAGGCGUUUUGCCGGUGGUGUCCACGCCUAUAAACACAUCUGUGAACGUUGAAUGAAAUGUAGUUAAAUCACAUUUAUUUGCACUGUGAGCAUUCGGAAACAGCGUUUUGUGUGCACUUAGUCAAUUUGAAAAACAGCAAACGAUAUCGAUGCUUUGCUGUGCGCGCACAGUUUUUGGAUGCAGACGACACAGAGUGCAGUGGUUCGAGGGUAUCACUACGAACUGACGGGAUAUAAUGAGAAGCAAAGUGCAAAUAUUCACCAGGGAAACUCUAGGCGUUGAGCACGAAAAAAGAGUUCGCUGAACAUUACGUCUGAUAAAAACAUUUUACUUUGAACUGAAGGAAAUCGGCGCCAUCUUGUCUGUGCCGUUUGGUAACGAGAUUUCGACAGUUUCGAGGGAACGCUGUAAACUGUCUUGCGGGAGCUCCGUUGUCUUUACACCUCAGUUUUGUCGCAGAGGCCGUAUGACUGACCGCCUGGCAAGAAUUUAAUGACCGUGUGCACUUAAGACCUUAACCGUUACGCCCGUCUGACAGGGGUAAUAACCUAUGAAGUUGGAAAGGCAGUUGAUGAUGAAAAUGCCAGUCAGUAUCAGAGGUGGGACCCCAAAACACACCACCCUGUUUGCCCGUCUGUAGGUGUGCCACCAUUGCACCACACUGACAUGGUCCCCAGGAGACCUGCAGAUUUACUUUCCCAUGAUUGGACAAGUGCACUGCUUGCUUCUAUUGCACGUUAUCGAGACUAUUAACCAUGGAAAUCCUGAUUGUGCGAUGCACCCAUUAUUUUUCAGUGGUGUAGUUUAGCACCGUGCAUUCACCUGACAUUAAUGAUGAUCAUGUUGGCUGUUGAGAAACCUGUUCCAAACUUAACCGUUGGUUAUACUUUUGGAACUUUGGACCUCUUAUAAAAAAAAGGGUCAAUCUAUUGAUCUCACUUUAAAAAAAAAAAUUGGACAAAGACAUGAAAUGUUGCAAUGUGUGACAGGGUUGAUUUCACCGCUUCCUUUUGUGCUUUUGAAUCAUGAGUAUGUACAUUACCAGAUAUGUGUGAUGUGAAGGUACUUUAGUCAACACGGAUUCUCGCCAGUUUGACAUGCUUUCAUGUGAAAGUUGUGUCUAAUAGUUAAACUAUGAAUGUUUGUUCUGUUUCAGCACCGAUACUUUUGUUAGUUUCUAGUGCGAUGAUUAGGUGCUCACUGUGCCAAAUGUUUCCUUUUUUUUUUUGCAUCCGGCACUUAGGAUAUGAUGAAUUUGUUUGUUAAAGUAAUUCUAAUUUAAUUACACUGAUGACUUCCACUUUUGUGUGAGGCAUGCAGGACAUGUGCCAGUUACGCUAUGUUGUAUGAUUUUGCUCAGCUCAGAAUGCUGCACUGUUAUGUAGACUGUGUUAUGCACAUUCAAACGUGUAUGAUUAUGUAGCACAGUGUUAGGCUCACUGACGUGCAGUUAAUAUAACAUUCUAUUGCUACUGAUGAGCCAAAUGUUAUGCAGUUUAGGUGCAUACUGUAAUCGAUGAAAUUUUUGUGCACUGUUACUUCGAGCUUUCUUGGCACUCAUUGCACAUGUAAAUUUUGACGAUGCUUUAUUUUUCAGUUUUCCUGACAAAGAAAGCACCGACUUGUUGCUACUUUGCUCAAAGCUUUUUGUUUUGUUUGUUUUUCUCGAGAGCAUUUUAGCUGUUGGAUGAGCUCAUCUAACUGUAAAUAGGAUUUGACUCUGCCAAGUUUUAUGAGAAGCAUGUUUACCCCUGGUGUGCAGAGUACAUGUAUUUUGUGGUAGCUUUGAGGGUGUACAAGGCAUUUUUUUUGUAGCCAUGUCACGAGUGUGGUGGAUUGCCAAUAAACUGCAGGAACACGCUUGUUCCAAAUUCCAAUGGGUUGGGUGGUUGCUUCUCACAGGAGACAAUUUUGCAAAAACUACAAAUUUGAAAGUGCUGGCAUUUGUGAUGCUCUGUGGGUGUUUUGAAACAGAGGUACUGAUUUCAAUAAGGAAACUGGUAUGCAAACUUUUAUGAAAUAGACAUUUGCACAAACUAGUUGCUUGAUUCAGCAAAAUCCAUGUGAAAGAAGACAGUAACAUGUCCCUGAGCUUUGGAACGGAACAUGAAACGAACAGCACCACUGUCCAUUUGCCUUGUUCCCAAGCUCAGGGGUAUGUUACCAAUGUUGAGGUACUACACCAGCUCGCUUGCAUAUUACGUUGUCUGUGUAUUCACAUGAGCGACAUUCCCUAGAAUACUACAGCGGAAGAUGCUUUCUGCUGCCUGUAUGUUGUGUCUUCACAUGCACUUCUAACCGCGGGGAAUAUCCUGCGACACAGCCUCAAGGUAUUCCGUAGCGGACAACGGGAGAAUACUCUGACGGUGUCGUCUGCUAAGUGCACCACUUCCAAUUUCCGGCACCGUGUGAAUGCUCAACAUAACACUGGAUGGAACUUUGGCUCACUGAGCAGUUUUCUGCUUUUUUCUUCCACUAGAACAUUCCGUGAGUAUGUUGCUUGUGUGAAUACACGGUGUGUUCAUUGUACAAGGUUGUAUUCAGGUAAGCGGCAUAAAAUAGCUGCAAUA